ACACGAGUCCUCGUCCCCAACAAGGCCACAAAAAAAUCCCAAUUCCAAAACCCUCUCUCUGUCCCGUCCCAUACCCCCAUCGCCGGCGAUCUCCUCCUUCGCCGCCAAUGGAUCUCUCCGCCGUCCAGGCCGCCCUCUCCGACAAGUCCUACUCCGCCCUCGCCCCCCUCUGCGACGAGCUCCUCCUCCAGGUCGCGGCCAAGGGAGCCAUCACCGACGAAUGGCCCUACUCCGUCCAUCUCCUCGCCCACCUCUACAUCAAUGACCUGAACAGCGCGCGGUUCUUUUGGAAGUCGUUGCCGCAGGAGGUGAAGGACACGCGGCCAGAGCUCGCCGCGGUCUGGAGGAUUGGUCAGUGCCUGUGGAACAGGGAUUAUGCUGGCGUCAACACGGCUGCACAGGGGUUCGAGUGGGGCCCUGACCUCGCUGAUUUCAUCACUGCCUUCCUAGAGAGCUACAGACAGAGGAUAUUCAAGCUGUUGACUUCUGCAUAUUCCACAAUUAGCGUUGCUGAUGUGGCUCAUUUCAUGGGGAUGAGUGAGGAGGAUGUUACAAACUAUGCUGUGCAAAACAGUUGGAGCUUGGAUGCAGCGACUGGGAUGCUUACUGUAAAAAAGCCAAAGGCUCAGACCAACCAGAAGCUUGACUCGAGCAAGCUGCAGCGUUUGACUGAGUGUGUUUUCCACCUUGAGCACUGAUGCUCACUGUCAAUUAUGUCGCAUCCCUGUUGGUUCUCUACUCCACAUUUUAUGAAGCAUGUUUAUCAAUUAUCAUGUGAUAGCUAGAUGCCUGAACGACUGGUUGCUUUUGGCUGACAAGUGAGAUCUCUCAGCGCUGAAUUUGUCUCUGUAAGUGGUUCCUGAUAGCGUGCUAGCGCUUAUUGUGCCUAGUGGUUGUUCGUAUGUCUGGACCUUACUGAACCACUUCGACUUGGUAGGGAAGUCUUGGUUGCACAAAAAUGCUAACAGUUGCUCAUCCCCACGGGCCAACAUAUUUAAAAGUGAACUCUUGACAUUUGUAAAA